CUGGGUAUUCAUUUUUUUAGCUCAUAAACAAUGCGUUCGCCAUUGUUUUGUCACGCAUCAUGUUUGGUGAUAGUCUGAGAAAGUCCCGCCACGAAUCGCUUCAAGUUCCAACUGAAUGGAGACAGUCUCGUGCUUCUUUGUUGGAAACUUUCUUUCUACAAUCCCAGCCUUGUCUUACAGUCUUCGCCGGAGGACUAACUUCAAUGUUUUACCGCUUUCCUUCUCUUCGUCGCUGGAAUCGAUUUGCUUGUUUGUGAGCGAUGAGUGUAAAGGUCGUUCCACGUUUCAGCCACGAAGAUUGACUUGCAGUAACGUCAGUCGGAACAAGGGUAGUAUUAGUGCUACAAAGAAGAAGCCUAACAAAACUAAUAUUGUAGCCAAGCCAAAGCAGGGUAAAACUCGGCCUGCUACUGCUGCUUCUAAGGUUAAGAAAAGUAGUAUUAGUUGUACCAUAGAAAUAGUUGCGGAAUUGGAUGGUGGGAAGCAGCAGAAACAGGAGAAGCAGACGAGAGAGAAAGCCGUGAACGUGCGGGCCUUGUAUCAGAAUGGAGACCCGUUGGGACGAAGAGACCUUGGGAAGAGCGUGGUGAGGUGGAUCAGCCAAGGGAUGAGGGCAAUGGCUUCAGAUUUUGCGUCUGCGGAGGUUCAUGGGGAGUUUUCCGAGCUCCGGCAAUGGAUGGGACCUGGGCUUACUUUCGUGAUUGAAUCGCAGCAUUAUCUUAAUGCCAUUCCUAUGCCGCUUGGCCUUGAAGCUAUUUGCUUGAAGGUCUGCACGCAUUACCCAACUCUCUUUGAUCAUUUCCAGAGGGAGCUGCGUAAUGUUCUGCAGGAACUGCAGCGUGAAUCGGUGGUUCAAGAUUGGAGCAGCACAGAGUCUUGGAAGCUGCUGAAGGAGCUAGCAAAUUCAGCUCAGCAUAGAGCAAUUGCACGGAAAGUUACCCAGCCAAAGACCGUCCAAGGUGUUAUGGGAAUGGAUUUAGAGAAGGCCAAGGCUAUACAAGGCAGGAUUGAUGAGUUUACAAGUAGAAUGUCUGAACUGCUUCGCAUAGAGAGAGAUGCAGAAUUGGAGUUUACGCAGGAGGAGUUGGAUGCUAUUCCUACUCCUGAUGGGGAUUCAGAUUCCUCCAAGCCAAUUGAGUUCUUGGUUAGCCAUGGCCAGGCUCAGCAAGAGCUAUGUGACACCAUAUGCAAUUUAUAUGCAGUUAGCACAUCUACAGGAUUGGGAGGCAUGCACUUGGUUUUAUUUAGGGUUGAAGGCAAUCAUCGACUACCUCCUACUACACUUUCUCCUGGAGACAUGGUCUGUGUGAGGACAUGUGAUAGCAGGGGUGCAGGUGCUACAUCAUGCAUACAAGGGUUUGUUGAUAACCUUGGUCGUGAUGGUUGUAGCAUCAGUAUAGCCCUGGAGUCUCGUCAUGGUGACCCUACGUUCUCUAAGCUUUUUGGGAAGAGUGUGCGAAUUGAUCGUAUUCAAGGACUGGCAGAUGCUCUCACUUAUGAGCGCAACUGUGAGGCCCUAAUGCUGCUCCAAAAGAAUGGUCUGCAGAAGAAGAACCCAUCAAUUGCUGUAGUGGCUACAUUAUUUGGGGACAAGGAAGAUGUUACAUGGCUGGAAGAGAAUAAGUUGGCAGAUUGGUCUGAAGCUGAGUUUUGUGGAAUUAAGAGCGAAUAUUUUGAUGAUUCCCAGAAAAAAACAAUUGCUUUGGGGUUGAAUAAGAAGCACCCUGUAUUGGUAAUACAAGGACCACCUGGAACUGGAAAGACUGGUUUGCUUAAGGAACUAAUAGCACUUGCUGUUCAGCAGGGUGAAAGGGUGCUCAUGACAGCUCCUACAAAUGCAGCUGUUGACAACAUGGUCGAGAAACUUGCAAGUAUCGGCUUAAAUAUUGUCCGAGUUGGAAAUCCAGCACGCAUAUCUUCAGCUGUGGCAUCAAAGUCUUUGGUUGAAAUUGUGAAUUCUAAGCUUGAAAGUUUUCGAAGAGAGUUUGAAAGGAAAAAAUCAGAUCUGAGAAAGGAUUUGCAACUUUGUUUGAAGGAUGACUCUUUAGCAGCUGGCAUACGCCAACUUUUGAAACAGCUAGGAAAGGCCCUGAAGAAGAAAGAAAAGGAGACUGUGAAAGAAGUACUUUCCAAUGCACAGGUAGUGCUUGCUACCAGUACUGGAGCAGCUGACCCAUUGAUUCGAAGGCUAGAUACGUUUGACCUUGUUGUUAUAGAUGAAGCUGGUCAGGCUAUUGAGCCCUCUUGUUGGAUCCCUAUAUUACAAGGAAGACGCUGUAUUCUAGCAGGUGAUCAGUGUCAGCUUGCUCCUGUAAUUCUAUCCAGAAAAGCCUUAGAGGGUGGCCUUGGUGUGUCUUUAUUGGAGAGAGCUGCAAUGUUGCAUGAAGGCCUUCUUGGUACAGUGUUGACAACUCAGUACCGUAUGAAUGAUGCGAUUGCCAGUUGGGCCUCAAAGGAGAUGUAUAAUGGGUUAUUGAAGUCUUCUCCAAAUGUUGCUUCUCAUCUCCUCAUUGAUUCUCCAUUUGUCAUGCCAACAUCGGUUACACAGUGCCCAUUGCUGUUGCUUGAUACAAGAAAGCCAUAUGGAAGUUUGUCUGUUGGCUGUGAAGAACAUUUAGACCCAGCUGGCACAGGUUCAUUUUACAAUGAAGGAGAAGUAGACAUUGUUGUCCAACACAUAUUUUCCUUGAUUUAUGCAGGUGUUAGCCCAACAGCUAUUGCAGUGCAAUCACCUUAUGUUGCGCAGGUACAACUAUUAAGAGACAGGCUUGAUGAGUUUCCUCAGGCUACAGGAGUUGAAGUUGCAACAAUUGACAGCUUUCAAGGAAGGGAGGCUGAUGCAGUUAUCAUAUCAAUGGUUCGGUCAAACACUUUGGGAGCUGUUGGCUUCCUGGGGGAUAGUAGGCGAAUGAAUGUUGCAAUAACAAGGGCACGCAAACAUGUAGCAAUUGUGUGUGAUAGCUCAACAAUCUGCCACAACACAUUCCUGGCCAGGCUCUUGCGUCAUAUUCGAUAUUUUGGUAGAGUGAAGCAUGCUGAACCUGGUGGCUUCGGUGGCUCAGGGCUGGGCAUGGAUCCUAUGUUGCCAUCCAUUAGCUAACUCUGUGGGCAAGUCAGCUGCAACACAUUAUCUUCUUUUUAGUGAGAGAUUAUUGGGGAGCACAGUUGUAAGUCAGAUGCUUGUUCAGUUUCCCUGUCAACAUCUAUGUUGCUCCUCCCAUUUAUAUGUACAGGAGACCUUUCUCGAUAAUUUUUUCUUUUUCCAGCAGAAGAAAAAUUUAUACAAUUUCCUUUUUAAGUUUGUAUUUGUACAUAAACAGCAUAACUUUACAGAUUCUUAAUUUUUUUACAAUUUAAAAUGAAAAAAGUACAAAAAAAUUAAUAUAA